CCGUCCCAGGCCUUCCCUCAGGCCCUCGGGAGCACCCCUGGGCGAAGCGCGCUGCCCCAGGCCCCACUCCACGCUGGGAUCACCGUAGGGCGGAAGCCCGGAGACGGAACCGCGGUCCGGGGCCAGGUUUGGGGAUGUGUGUGUCGCAGGAGCAUGGUGGGGAAGCGGUGCGGGAAGAACGCGGGGCUCCAAGAGUCGGGCAGGGGCGGUUCCCCGAGUCCCACGGCCGGGUCAGCACAGGCCGCCGCGCGCCCAGAGAGGCCCCGACGGACCCGGCGCCAGGCCGGCGCCAAAACGCUUGGGGCCAGGUCCCUCGGCUCAGGCUGGUCCCUGGACCUCCUCUCCCCGCUGCCCAGAGCGACCGCUGCCGGGGGAAGCUUGGGCCCGGGACCAGGCGGGGCCUUAGAUGGGCAUGUGCGGGGCAUCGGGUGGCGCGGGGCCUUAGACGGGGAUGUGGGGGCCUCGGGUGGGGCGGGGCCUUAGACGGGGGUGGGGGCCUCGGGUGGGGCGGGGCCUUGAUGGGGAUGGGCGGGGCCUCGCGUGAGGCGGGGCUCUUCGGGGCGGGGCCUUAGUCGGGGAAAAGCAGGGCUUCGGACGGGGCGUGGCUCCGCCGGGCGGGGGCUCCAUGGGGCUAGGGCUCGGCCUCCGCCCGGUAGCUCCCUUCAAACUCCAGCCGAAGAAGGCGGCUACGGAGGGCCGGGCGGGCUCCACCCCUGGGCCGUCCGCGCGCCCGCGCCUCCCAAUUCCCGGAGCGGGGCUGGGGAUCCAGGCGGCGGCUGCCGCUCCCAGCUUGGCAUCUGGGCGCCGGGCCAGGGCGGACGGGGAGCGGCGGCGCGGGGCGGCGGAUCGCGCGGAGGGCGGCGGCCUGGGCCCGCCGAGCCAUGGCGGCCCCGGAGCCGGCGCCGAGGCGGGGCCGGGAGCGGGAGCGGGAGGACGAGAGCGAGGACGAGAGCGACAUCCUGGAGGAGAGCCCGUGCGGCCGUUGGCAGAAGCGGCGGGAGCAGCCUCGCGCAGGUGGAUCCCUUCUUGGCCGGCUCUUGGACCCUUUUGGCCUGGGGCCCCGUCAGGGUGAACCAGGGGAACAUGCCAGGGGUCCAGAGCACCUUCCUGGCCAUGGACACGGAGGAGGGGGUGGAGGUGGUGUGGAAUGAGUUGCACUUCGCCGACAGGAAGGCCUUUGCGGCCCACGAGGAGAAGAUCCAGACCAUGUUUGAGCAGCUGGCCCUGGUGGAUCACCCUAACAUUGUCAAGCUGCAUAAGUACUGGCUGGAUGCCUCCGAGGCCCGUGCACGGGUCAUCUUCAUCACAGAGUACGUGUCGUCGGGCAGCCUCAAGCAGUUCCUCAAAAAGACCAAGAAGAACCACAAAGCCAUGAACGCCCGGGCCUGGAAGCGCUGGUGCACGCAGAUCCUGUCCGCGCUCAGCUUUCUGCACGCCUGCAGCCCCCCCAUCAUCCACGGGAACCUGACCAGUGACACCAUCUUCAUACAGCACAACGGCCUCAUCAAGAUCGGCUCUGUGUGGCACCGCAUCUUCUCCAAUGCGCUUCCGGACGACCUCCGAAGCCCCAUCCGCGCCGAGCGGGACGAACUGCGCAACCUGCACUUCUUCCCGCCAGAGUACGGCGAGGUUGCCGAUGGCACUGCUGUGGACAUCUUUUCCUUUGGGAUGUGUGCACUGGAGAUGGCUGUGCUGGAGAUCCAGGCCAACGGGGACACCCGGGUCACAGAGGAGGCCAUUGCUCGGGCCAGGCACUCACUGAGUGACCCCAACAUGCGGGAGUUCAUCCUCUCCUGCCUGGCCCGGGACCCCGCCCGCCGGCCCUCUGCCCACAACCUUCUGUUCCACCGUGUGCUCUUCGAGGUGCACUCGCUGAAACUCCUGGCAGCUCACUGCUUCAUCCAGCACCAGUACCUCAUGCCUGAGAAUGUGGUGGAGGAAAAGACCAAGGCGAUGGACUUGCAGGCGGUCCUGGCAGAGAUCCCCCGGCACCCCUGGCCCCCGCUGCAGUGGCGGUACUCGGAGAUCUCCUGCUUGGAGCUGGACAAAUUCCUGGAGGAUGUCAGGAAUGGGAUCUACCCACUGAUGAACUUUGCUGCUGCUCGGCCCCUGGGGCUGCCCCGUGUGCUGGCCCCACCCCCUGAGGAGGCCCAGAAGGCUAAGACCCCAACGCCAGAACCCUUUGACUCAGAGACCAGAAAGGUGAUCCAGAUGCAGUGUAACCUGGAGAGAAGCGAGGACAAGGCGCGCUGGCAUCUCACUCUGCUUCUGGUGCUGGAGGACCGGCUACACCGACAGCUCACUUAUGACCUGCUCCCAACCGACAGCGCCCAGGACCUGGCCGCCGAGCUCGUGCACUACGGCUUUGUCCACGAGGACGACCGGACGAAGCUGGCCACCUUCCUGGAGAGCACCUUCCUCAAGUACCGUGGAGCUCAGCUCUGACCACAUCCCAGCCCCCGGGACCAGCCUGCCGGCCCAUGGAGGGAAGCUCAGCAUUGGCCAGGGGUGGGGGGGACCAGGGGCUGCUUUCUGCCUGCAUGCCUGGGGGCUGAUGACCCACCACCUGCUAGUGAGGAACCUCUGCCUCCCACAGCUCUGGAGGAGCCCUGGGGUGGGGGUAGGGGGAGUGGUUAUGCCCCACAUGUCCUUAGGAUCUGAAUUCCCCCACUCAGCCUGCUUCCACAACUCAGCAUCCCUUUCCAUAUCCUCCAUUUCCUGGGCAAGAAUGCCCCCUCCCUACCCAUCAAGCUGUCUGGUCAGUGACUGAGCCCUUGCUAUGCGGGAGGCUGCCCUGCAGGGAGCCACCGUGCUGGGCACGGCGGUCAGUCCAGGACAGACAUCUGCCUGGGGAAAUGCUCCAUUCCCGGUUGGUACCACAGACCCACACAAGAACCCCCACCUCAUGCCAGUGGUGAGGCAUCUGCAGGUGUCAGGCACGGCACUGGGCACUGGGCAGGCCCCUGACCUGGCGGAAGCAGCAGGCGGCAGAGACACACCAAGAAGCUCAAGAUCCCAACUCCAUGUGGCUCUUGCACCCCACCCUCCAUCCAGCGCAGACCCUCCCUGGAGCCCCUCUCUGCUUCUCCAAGACUGGGACCUGCUGUCCCCUCUGCACACAUCCUUCUGGCCCCCACCGCCCCCUCCAAAGAGCUGCGUUCUCUCCUGCAUUCCCCGGGCUGGAGAGGUCGGGUCAGGUGUCCACCCUGCUCCUCACUGUGCCUCCUCUCAGACUCACCCCCUCCUGUGUGUCCCCCUCCCGCCCUUGUCACCUCCCCCUAUGGCAGCCACCUCCCGGGGUCCUGAGGAUCUCAGCUCCCAUCACCCCACCCCGUCCUCAAUUCUCUUGGAUCACCUCCCCUCCAUUUUCAAAUUUAAACACCCUUGAACACUUUAAAUUGCAUGUAUAAAUUUAGUGCCUUCAGGUUUCUUUUUAAGCAUUUCAAAUGUCAAACCAGGAAAGCUCACCACUGUGUUAGUUCUCUGUUGCUGCUAUAAGAAUUUACCACAAACUUAGCGGCCUAAAGCAACACAAACUUCGUAUAGUUCUGUAGGUCAGAAGUCUGGUACAGGUCGUACCAGGAUCAAAUCAAGGUGUCAGCAGGGCUGCAUUCCUUUCUGGAGGUUUUAGGGGAGAGCCCGUGGCCUGCUCCUUCAGGUUGUUGGCCGGCAGGUGUGAGGCAGGGUGCUGGGUGCUGGGCAGGACGUCGUUUCCUUGCAGUGGUAGGGCUGAGGUCCCCACUUUCUCUCCUGCUGUAAACUGAAGGCCGUUCUCAACUUCUAGAGGCUGCUGCACCCUUGGCUCAUGGCCCCAUCGUCCAUCUUCAAAGCCAGCAACAUUGGGUUGAGUCUUUCUCAUGAACCACCUGUCUGGCUUUCUGCAGCCAGGAAAGCUUCAUGUGAUUAGGUUGGGGCCACCAGGAUAAUCUCCCCAUCUCAAGGUCCUUAAUCAUAUCUGCAGAAUACCUUUUGCCACAUAGAGUAACAUUCACAGGAUCCAGGGGUUAGGGCAUGGACAUCUUUGCGGGGAGAGGGGGGUCAUAAUUCCACCUACCACAUCACUCUAACCAAAAACGAAAACAAAACAAACUUACCAACACAUAUCUAAUAAAUUAAAUGUACAAAUAUAGUGAAUCUCCAGUUAUCUUAAACAUUCCAAUACUCUUUACAAAAGUAUUCAAAUUCCUACACGUUCCAACUUAAAAUUACAAAUCUAAAAUAACUCACACGUCUAGUUGGAAAUCGUGAUGCUAAGAUGUCUUAUUCUGCACCGUCCUAAACAGUUUGAGUGUCAAAUGCAUAACAGAUUGUACCAAUGAUUAAACUGAACUCAAAAUUA